CUUUUUAGCUUAAAGCCGCGGUCCAAAUGAAGUUUCUCUUUAUGGUAUUAUUAGCCACGUCAGUGAAAGGCCUAUUCACUGAUGAUUUCUACAAGCAUUUGGCCAAAGAGAAUGCCAACAAGAAUAUUAUUUCAUCGCCACUUUCCGUCGAUAUUAUCUUCAGUAUGGUCUACAUGUCAGCGGGGGGAAAGACAGCCCAGGAAAUGAGAGACGUCUUGAAACUGCCCGCGGAUAAUAAGGAAGUGGCUCGUAAAUAUAAGGAUCUUCUGACGAACCUAGAAGGUCGCGAGAAGAUAGCCAUUCUCGAUCUGGCCAACCGCAUAUACGUAAACGAACGCUACACCAUAAAUCCGAAGUUUAAACAGGUGGUUAGAGAUUCCUUUAAGGCUGAAGCGGAGGCUAUCAGAUUAAGUGAUCCUGGUAAAGCUGCUUCGAUCGUCAAUAAGUGGGUGAACGAUGCGACACGCAGACGGAUCAAAACCAUUGUUCGAAGCCAAGAUAUGAAUUCAGAUUUAACAAUGGUUCUCUUGAACGCCAUUUACUUUAAAGGCCAGUGGCAGCAGGAAUUCAACCCCACAUUUACCAAAGUCGCCGAUUUUCGAACUGCUGACAACAAAGUUGUUCCUGUCCAGAUGAUGCGGCUGUCUGGCAAAUUUAAGGCGGCUUUCAAUCGCGAGCUUGGCGUCAAAAUUAUACAGCUGCCCUACCGGAACUCAAGCCUCUUCAUGGUCAUCUAUUUGCCGGAAAAAGCUGAUGGCUUACAAGAACUGGAGAGGAGAAUCGCCGACUUGAAGCUUCCCCUUUCAGAGAUUAAAGUGGAUUUACGGCUGCCAAAGUUUAAAAUCGAAUUUUCCUCAGACCUCAAGAAUAUUCUCAUGAAGAUGGGCAUACGAGAUGCUUUCACUAGUAGGGCCGAUUUCGGAGGCCUAGUGACACCGUCGGCAGGCAAGAUCAGCAAAGUCAUACACAAGGCCUUCAUUGAGGUCAACGAAGAGGGUGCCGAGGCAGCAGCUGUGACAGAUCUUGGAAUAUAUCCGAUCUUACGUAAAAUCCCCCUAUACAUCAAUGUGGAUCAUCCGUUUGCCUACGUCAUUCGUGACAAUGAGACAAUUUACUUGCAGGGACAUUUCGUAAACCCAAAAGAGUAAAGUUAGUAACAAGAGACUGAAGGAGUGCCUUCUCCGUUGUCCACUUUAUAAUAAAUAAAAAGAAAGAACGGUAUAGUCUAGCUACAGUGCCUCGACUAUCA